AUGAUGUUUGCGGUCGUUCCGUCCAACAAUCCAACCACACCAAUCGCAUGCCGCCGCCAGUACGCUAUGUAUCGAGGUCUGGUGGACAACUUGUUGCAGCCUCUCGUAGAAAUAGUCCCUUAUUGUUUUGGGUAUUUAGAAGGGGCUGCAAAGUACUGGGAUCCGGACAAUGAGUACGUCAUUGGCACGGCUAAGUACGACAAUCGGAAUAUCCUGAAUGCCUCAGCAAUCAACUGA